GUUCACUCAAACCUAGCCGAUGCCAUAAUGAUCUUGCGAACAUAUUUCGAAAGGCCUAAUGAGCCGGCGGAUAAGGAUCCCCUUGUUUAUUGGAUGGCAAACGGUGAGACAUUGAAACCUAUAACGAGAUUAUGUAUGAAGUACCUCUGCAUCCCAGCAACUUCGACCGAAUCCGAAAGGACCUUCAGUAAGGCCGGUCAAAUAAUAUCUGACCGAAGGUCUUCACUAAAACCCAAAUAUCUUGACAUGUUACUUUUUCUUAACAAAAACCUUAACAAUUGA